CUUCUUUGGCACAGCGUCUCCGCGCAAAUCUUGAAGAAAACCAUUGCUGGUCAAAAGCAGCCUGAGAUCGCAAGCUCCCAACAAUGGCGAGGCGGCCGUGAGUAGUGUCAGCUGCCGAGUGCUGAUAUGCCACCGGCCUCCCCGCCGCCUCCACGUCCCCCGUCUUCUGCAUCUCCGCUUCGAUGGCGCCCUCGCCGAGCUCCUCCGGGUCCCCCGCCGCGCACCUAGCGCACCUCAACGCCAUCCUCUCCGCCCCGAACUGGCACCUCCACCCUUCGCUCCCGCACCUCCCCGCCCUCCUCGCCCCGUCCCUCCCCCACACGCUCAAUGUCCCGCUCCCGGUCCGCCUCGCUGCGGCGACUGCCCGCGCCGCCGCGCCCUGCCGCCACCUCCUCGCCCUUUCCCUUCCCAUCCUCUUCCGCCUCCACUCCCUCUCCCCACCGCCGCUCCGCGGCCUCUUCGACCGCCCCUUCGCUUCCCUCCUCAACCACCUCUCCCGCUUUGGUCUCAACCCUCUCAUCCUUCGCCUCUUCGCCUACAUGCACCUCCACUCCCCGCCUGCCCCCACGGGCGCUACCUACAAUGCCCUCAUCCGAUCCCUAUGCCGCCGCGCCGAUCUCGCCCGCGCCCUCCGGUACCUCAGCCUCAUGGUCCGCUCUGGCUGGUGCCCUGAUGCCUACACAUUCAACUCCUUGAUCAUGGGUUAUUGUCGCACUCACCAGGCUGACGCCGCCCGUGACCUGUUCGACAAAAUGCCGCUGAGAGGAUUUCCACAGGGCGUGGUAUGCUAUACUGCAAUGAUUGAGGGGUUAUGUGAGAUGGCAAGGAUUGAUGAGGCGUUGGAGUUGUUCGGGGAAAUGGAGCAGCCGGACGCGCAUACAUAUGGGGUAUUGGUAAAGGGGCUGUGUGAAGCAGGGCGGGGGGAGGAGGGGCUUCAGAUGCUGCAGAGGAUGAAGAAAUUGGGGUGGCGUCCAAGUACUCGCGCUUAUGCUGCAGUCAUCAAUUUCUGGUGUAGGGAGCGAAAGGUCACCGAGGCUGAGGAAAUGCUGGAUGAGGUGUCUCAUAAAGGAUUGGUGCCAUCCGUUGUUACGUGCACUGCACUGGUCAAUGCAUAUUGUAAGGAGGGGAGGAUCAGUGAUGCAGUGAGGGUGUUUGAGGCGAUGGAGUUGAGGGGGUGCAAACCCAAUGUGUGGACAUACAAUGUGCUGGUGUGCGGGUUCUGUAAGGAGGGGAAGGUGCACAGUGCAAUGGCUCUGUUGAACCGGAUGAGAGCACAUGGAGUAGAACCAGAUGUUGUGACAUACAAUUUGUUGAUUCGGGCCCAAUGUCUUGAUGGGCAUAUAGACAGCGCUUUCCGAUUACUUCGUUUGAUGGAAGGAGAUGAUCUGGCUGCUGACAUGUACACUUACAAUGCGUUAGUGGAUGCUCUCUGCAAGGAUGGGAGAAUCGAUCAGGCUUGCUCCCUUUUUGAUAGCCUUGAAGUUAGAGGCAAAAAACCUAAUUUGGUGACAUUCAAUACAUUGAUAGAUGGGUUAUGCAAGAGUGGUAAAGUUGAUAUCGCAUCGUCAUUAUUCGAAAAGAUGGUAUCAGCAGGUUACACACCAGAUACCUAUACGUACAGUCCAUUCAUUGAAAACCUAUGCAAGAUGAAGGGAUCACAAGGAGGUCUGUCAUUUAUAGAUGAGAUGCUAAAGAAGAGUGUGAAGGCCACGACAGUCAAUUAUACAAUUGUAAUUGACAAGCUAUUCAAGGAGGCAAACUAUGGAUUGGCCACAAAAAUCUGGGGUCAGAUGGUGUCACUGGGUUGCAAUGCUGAUGCAGUCACUUAUACCACAUCUAUGCGUGCUUACUGCAAUGAAGGAAAACUCAGUGAAGCAGAAAACGUUUUGACUGAGAUGAACAAAAGCGGGGUUACUGUAGAUACAAUUGCAUACAACACUUUGAUGGAUGGCCAUGUACGUAUAGGACAGACAGAUUGUGCAGUCUCAACCUUGAAGCACAUGAAAAAUACUGAUUCUAUGCCAAACCAGUUUACUUAUAUGAUCUUGCUUAGGCAUGUUUUACAAAGGAGGCUACCAGAGAGUGUGUCUUUGAAUGCAGCUAGUGUUUGGAAGACCACAGAGCUUACUGAUAUCUUUGAAUUGUUUGAGGUGAUGAAGAAGAAUUAUAUUAUUCCUAACACAGUCACUUAUUCUGUAAUUCUGGAGAGGUUUUCUGAAGAUGGAAGGUUGAAUGAGAUGACGUCAUUGGUUUCUUGUAUGAAAGAUGAUAAGCUAUCUCUGAAUGAAAAUAUCUACACUUCUCUCAUUAGUUGUUUUUGCAAAUCAGGACGGCUUUCAGAUGCAUGGGCAUUGCUUCACUCCAUGAUUGAACAUGGUUUUGUACCACGACUGAUGUCCUAUCAGCACCUGCUUUGUGGCCUUAUUAGUGAAGGGCAAGAUCAUAGGGUUAAAGAAAUAUUCGGGAACUCUAGAUGGAAAGACUACAAUCCUGAUGAAAUUGUGUGGAAAGUAAUUAUUGAUGGCCUGAUAAGAAAGGGUCAUUCAGAUAUAUGCCUGGACAUGAUAUCGAAAUUAGAGCAGAUGAACUGCAGACCAAGUAAUCAAACAUAUGCAAUGCUGGCUGAGGAAUUGUCUAACAGGGAAUGAUAUGCUGCAACAAUCACCAGUUGUGCAAUGCAGUUGAGCAAGUUUCCACCAGUUGUGCAAAAUGUACCUUCUCAGGGGCUUGCUCCAAUGCGAGUUGUAUUCAACUAUAGACACCGGCAGUGCAUAUUGGAUGGAUCAUUGAACAGGCACUGAGUUCAUGCUUUAUUGUCCUCUCAAUGGAGAAUCCAUUAUUAAACUUUAAAAGAAUGCUUCUACGGAAUGAUCUGAGAGUGAGCAUGAGACUCCAGAUUACGUAUACAUUUACACCAGAGCUUCCUAGAGUUAUACAGUUUUCAGCUUUGCUGGAGCCAGAAGAGUGCAGCUGGUUCCAUUUUGUAUAUGAUUGAUUGAUCUGAAGAAAGUAGCCGAGUCUUAGCUCGGUUCCAGUAUCUGUUCAUUUGAGUGUUUGUUUUGUGUUAGCUGUCAAGGAUUCAUCGCUGGUAUCGGGUUUCCAGAUGAAGUACCUUCUGAUGUAGGUAGCUGAGCCAUUGCUCAACCUUGGCCCUGUCAAGGAUUCAUCGUUGGUAUCGGCUGGUAUACACAUUUGACAGGGCCAAGAGAAAAUUGGAAUGCACUUUUUGACAGUGACAAUCAUUUUUUGUAAACCGUCACCAUAUGAGAAGAUAGCCCUCUUUGACUUGUGCAUUCUGAUUCCUUUGUUCUCGUUCUGGAAUCCGUAUAGGACGAUUUUUCUUUAGUUCAA